AUGUUUCCCCCGAGCCGCUGGUUGGGCAUCACAGAUCUGCAUCUUACUAACGCACCAACCUCUGUUCUCUUCAUCUGGAUCUGCCCCGAUACCCCCAUGUGCCUCCUCCUGGUCCCUCUGCUCCUGUCUGUGGCCCCCGGUUGGGCGGCCAACAUUGGUCCAGUGUAUGUGGCACAGAAUGGCUCAGUUCUGCUCAGUAUCCCCGGCUAUCCCAAUGCUGAGAGAGACUUCGUGACCUGGAGAGAUGGGAAUGGAACUCUAAUGGGGAAAUUCACAAACUCCUCCUCAUAUAGGCAGAUAUGGGGCUGUGAGUGUGAGCUCUUCAGGAACGGCUCCCUGUACCUCAAGCGGCUGGGCACGGUGGGAGAUGAGACCUACACUGUGACUGUGCAUAACCAGGGCGGUACCCACCUCACUACUGGCUCCAUCCUAGUGACUGUGAUUGAGAAAGUGUCAGCCCCUCGGCUCUACUCCUCCUGCUCCCCCGAUGGCCGCGCUCUGAUUCGAUGUGAGGUAGAGGCAGGGACUGACCCCCAAUACUCCUGGGAGGAAGAUGGGGGCAAUCUGAGCUCCUCAUGGAAUGUGAGAGGCAAUUGGAUGAGAGGAUUUGCCCCGGUCCCAGUUACUGUAUCCUGCUCUGUAUGGAACCCAGUCAGUGAGGAGCGGAGCCAACGGGUCUCUGUGUUCUGCCCCAUCCCUGUAUCAGUUCCAAGCCUGGCAGUGUGGUGCCAACAGGAUGGCAGUGCCAGGAUCUCCUGCCGGACAGACAGUGGGACAGACCCAGUCUUCUCCUGGAGGGUAAAUGGGGCACACAGACAAGGGGACCCCAGUAUCUCAGGCGAUGGGACCUGGAGCCAAAUCUCUGUCCCCCCCCCGGCUGUAGGGAACACCCUCUGUGCUGUGUCCAACACUAUCAGCAAUGGGAGCAGCACCCUGAGCUUCUCCUGCCCAGUUCCCCUGUCGGAUCCGGUACUUGGAGUCUCGUGUGAGUCGGAGGAGAGGGCGCUGCUCAGCUGCCGGGUACUGACUGGGUCGGAACCCCAAUAUUCCUGGUACAUUAAUGGCACAGAGAUCGGGAAUUCCAGUCUCAGAUGGAGAGUGAGUGGGAAUCAGCUGAGUGUGGGGUUACCCCCACCCCCCGGGAAUAUCAGCUGCACAGUGAGGAACCCUAUCAGUAAUGGGACAGUGAGUGUGAGCUCCAGUGUCAACUGCUCCGUUCCUGUAUCGGAUCCGGUUCUGGAGGUUUCCUGCCUACCCAAUGGGUCGGCGCUGGUUUCCUGUAAGGUGGAAAGUGGGACAAAUCCCUUCUACUCCCUGAUCCAUAAUGGGGAGACUCUGCGUGGGAAUUCCAGCUCCCCAUUGGUUAAUGUCUCAGUCCCAUUAUCCCCCCCUGGGAAUAUCAGCUGCUCAGUGACAAACAGAUUCAGUACCAGGAGGGUAGAAGGCUGGUCCUGCCCCCCCCCGGGGAGAGGCAGCGCAAUUGCAGGCGGAGUUGCGGUUGGUCAGAUCCUGUGCAAGUCGGCCCUGUUUGCCCUGUACACGGCGCUGUUGUGCUCGAUGCUCCGGAACCUGCUGAGGAUGAGGAGGGAGGAAGGAGAAGAGAUCAUUUAUAUGAAUGAGAUUGGGAACCUGCAGAGCAGACAAUGA